GUAAGCCACGAGAUUGUCAGCAUGUGUUUAUAAAUCAUCGUAAUCUACUGAGAUUUCAUAAAUAGCCGCGCUCAAUUUUAAUCUAUCAGUUAGAAGUGCCUUUUCUUGCCUUACAUCAGAGGCCGACGUAACGGGCCCUGGACUUUGUUGCCCCUACUCGUUGGUGGAGUAAUCGCAUAACCUGUUGUCACCCAGCAACUACUAAUUAACAGUUGAUUGGAGCCGCGCCUGUUGAAAGCAAUCAGUCGGAAAGAAAAUAGAAAUAGAAAACAAAGCAAAAUGGUUGUCGGCAAAGGUGAAGAAUCGCCUUUCAUCGAAGGCAAACAGCCGGUGACCCUUAAUCCCUCGUGGGAGUCGCAGAUGAAAUCGGAUCCGAAAGGCAAAGGGUCGAUAGUAUCCAAAAUUGUAUCGGAUCUUCAGCCGCCAGUUGAUAAAUAUAAGUUGGUCUUCUUCAUCUUUCUGCUUCAUGGAUUGGGCACGCUAAUGCCUUGGAAUAUGUUUAUAACAGCGAAAUCGUAUUUCGAGGACUUCAAACUAGGUGAAAAUUACACGAUCAAAACUGAAGUUAACUAUCGCGGCAACUUUAUGCAGAAUAUAGGCUUUGCAUCGCAAAUUCCCAAUGUUCUUUUCAACUGGAUAAAUAUAUUUGUUAAUUUCGGCGGUGAUCUAACAACUCGCAUUGUUUAUAGCAUUCUAUUGGAAAUCGUUAUCCUUAUCAUAACCGUUGUGCUGGCUAUGUUGGACUCAUAUGAGUGGCCCGGCAUAUUUUUUUGGGCAACUAUGACCUCAAUUGUACUUAUAAACAUGUGCAAUGGCAUCUACCAGAGUACAAUUUACGGACUUGUUGCAGCUCUGCCCCCCAAGUAUACGGGUGCCGUUGUGCUGGGAUCUAAUAUUAGCGGUUGCUUUGCCACAAUUAUGUCAAUGCUGUGUACGACGUUCUUCACAUCGAUGCGUACAUCGGCUAUAUAUUAUUUCGUGACUGCGAUUUUGAUUUUGCUCUUCUGUUUUGAUACCUAUUUUGCGCUGCCGUUAACCAAGUUCUAUCGGCAUUACGAAAUGUUGAAUAACGAAAAGAAAUCGGACUCCCGAUCUCAAUUAAAUGUUCCUUAUUGGCAAAUAUUUAAGAAAGCCUCGCCACAGCUUUUUAACGUGUUUUUCACCUUCUUUGUCACUUUAGCCGUUUUCCCUGCUGUUCAUUCGGACAUAAAGGGCACCGAUGAUUUUAUCGUAGGCAGCAAAUAUUUCACACUGGUCACCUGCUUCCUC